UUUAUCCCUGCAGACCUCAGGGGAGCGGCACUUCUGCUCACUUUGAUAUCUGCUUUUAUAUCUGCCACAUCUAUUGUGAGGUAGUAAUCAAUCUAUCCACAUAUUCAGCGGUAAUAGGAUUGUCUGUGAGGACGGAGGAUAUGCUGACAAUGAAAGAAGACGAGUUGAAUGACAUAAUCCAGAGAUGGCGAGGCAUUGAGGAGCAGGACCUGACGUGUGAGGACCAGCAGCAGCUCAAGAACCUGGCUGCUGCCUGUCUGAGCCUCGGUGACGGGGAACAGCUCCUGAGAAUCACCCAGGACCACAAAAACCAGGGCAUUGUGAAGUCCAUGGGUUGGGUUCUGCUGGCACCUCUUCUAAAGGAAGUAGUUAAAGACGGGGCGAGCCGUGACCACUGCCGGGCUGCCGUCACACAUCUGACCAAGACUUGCAGCCCAAAUAAACUCCUGCACAGCUUGCUGGACAUAAUUGAAGACAUUGACCCGGGCACCAUCUCCGAGACCAUCUUAAUCCUUCUCCCACAUCUCCAGUUAGUGCUGCUCCGGCUGGGCCACAGGAGGGCAGCCUCCGUGGGCCUGGCUCUGUCGGCGCUGCAGAAGCAGCUGUGCCGGCUGCCGGUGCCCUACACCGAGGAGCAGGAGGAGGCCGAUGAGCACGGGCUGGGUCGCUGCUGCAGCGCCCUGGCCGGGUUUACAAAGCCUUUUGUGGAGGAGAUGAGGAAGAACAGUGACAACACUCUGACCAGCGCUGAAGAUGACGAGAUGAGGACUGAGCUUCUAAAGUUCUGCAUGAAGAGUUUGAGGGAGCCCUUGCUCGAGGCUGAACUGAACCAAGACAGAAAGUCAGCACUGUGGCUCUUUGCAGCAGAGAUAAUGGUGAUUCUACCUGCCAUCAAAGAGUCUCUUUCUGGGCUCCUGUUCUUCAACACGCUGAGGAAAAGCGCCAUGCCGGACGGCGACCUGUCCAAGGAGGCCAGGGCGUGUCUGGCCUACCUGCUGUUCGUCCAGCUCAUAACCAUGGACAGCUUCCCCGCCGUGUUCAGUCCUGUGUUUACUCUUCAGUGCAACAUGGAGCACAUCAACCAGCUCCUCAGCAGCAAAAAGGAAUCACAUUUACUCAAAGGACUGGAACUGUUUGUGAAGAGCCUGAACAAGGUGGAAGACAACAGUCUUCCUGUGGGCCUACUGGACCUGAAGAGCUUCUACAGCGUCCCACAGAACCUGCGUCUCGUUCUCAUCGACUGCCCAAUGCAACACCUGAGGGAAUCAGGACUGCAAGUUUUCCAGCUUUUCAUCGAUAAACUAGACGCUGAGGCCAAGUACAAAUUCUUCAUGUGUAUGUUAAAAACCAGCAACCACGCAGGUGUGGAGGGUUAUAUAGUCAAGAACAUCAGGAAUCAGAUAGAUGUUUCCAUCAAGACAAAUGGCAGUCGAUGGUUCGUGGGGAAGGAGUUGCUGUCCUUGUUGGGUCUGGUACUAAGUUUACCUCAAGGUGCCGAGACGGACCUGCUCGCCCGUAUGGACAUGAUAAUGGAGAGUCUGAAUCUUCUGCGCUACGUGGUCAUCAGAGACGAGGAGCUGAGCAGCCACGCAGACGAGUGGAAAGAGCUGCGCACGAUCCAAGCCCAAUACCUGAAAACGCUGCGAGCGUGCAUCAGCUUGUCCAGGGCGUAUUAUUCCUCUGAACUGAAAACACUGAAGGAGGAUCAAAAGCUAAAAGCAAAAGAGGCCAGAGAUGCUGCGCGAGCCACCAGAUUGGUCAAGAGCAUGACGGUGAAGCACGAGAACAUGUCCAUGUCUCCACAGGAGCAGCACCAGGUGCUGCAGAGCGCCCUGGUGACCUUUGACCUGAUGGAGAGCCUCAUCAACCGAGUGGAAGAGGUGGCAGAGGACAAGAAGGCCAGAUCAAGCUGAGGUUGCCUGUGCUACUUUAGCCCACAGGAUGAUGUACUUUAUUUACCUUUUUCUUUUCAUGAGAGAACGCAAGUACUUAAUAAAGUCUGGAUUUUAC